AUGGAUCGAUCCACCCGACCUGAUCAUGGCAACCUUGUUUCGCCAGAAGAGUCAACACCUCCACCGUAUUCACUCUAUGCGUCGGCAGAUGUGCAUGCCAAUGGUCGCGUUGACGUCGAUCUCGAUUCUAGAUUCGCAAGAACAUUGGCCCGGGUCAUCGAGCUACAACAAGAAGACAUCCAAAACCCACCCCCGAAUUAUGCCGAAGAAAGAGCAAUACAGGAGACGCCUGUACCGGAGGCGCCAGGGGAGUGGGAUAUUCACCUCAAUAUUGUGAUACAAAUCGUGGGUAGUCGGGGAGAUGUACAACCUUUCAUCGCGCUGGGGAAUGAGCUGCAAAAGUAUGGGCAUCGGGUUCGGCUAGCCACACACAAUGUCUUUGAAGAAUUUGUCAGUCAGUCUGGACUAGAAUUCUUUCCAAUCGGCGGGGACCCCACGGAGCUGAUGGCAUUCAUGGUCAAGAACCCGGGCUUGAUACCACAAAUGAAGAGCUUGCGAGCUGGGGAAGUGCAGAAGAAGCGGGCGAUGGUGGCGGAGAUGCUUGACGGAUGUUGGAAGUCGUGUAUUGAAGACGACCCGGCCACCAAUGUCCCAUUUGUUGCGGAUGCUAUUAUUGCCAACCCUCCGAGUUUCGCUCACAUUCACUGCGCCCAAGCACUGAGUAUUCCCGUCCACCUGAUGUUUACGAUGCCGUGGACCAGUACAAGGGCGUUUCCCCACCCACUUGCCAAUCUGCGUUCAUCGACUAUGAAUAUCAGGACCGCUAAUUGGGUCUCAUAUGGUGUUGUGGAGUGGCUCACAUGGCAGGGGCUGGGGGACGUGAUUAAUCGGUGGCGGGCAUCGAUCGACUUGGAGGCCAUUCCAACGACGGAGGGACCCAGCUUGGCGGAGACUUUAAAGGUUCCGUUCACUUACUGCUGGUCACCGGCUCUGGUCCCGAAGCCACGGGACUGGCCAGCACACAUCGAUAUUUGUGGAUUCUUUUUCCGGGAGCCACCAGCAUACGAACCUCCACCGGGACUACAUUGCUUCUUGGAAUCCGGACCCCCUCCCAUAUACAUCGGCUUUGGCAGCAUUGUUAUCGACAACCCUCAAAGGCUGACGAACAUUCUUGAAGAAGCAGUUGCGAGGGCGGGUGUCCGUGCCAUCAUCUCACGAGGGUGGAGCCGACUAGGUCGAGACUCCAGUGCUGAGAUACAUUACAUCGAUGAAUGCCCACACGAAUGGCUCUUUCAACGUGUCGCUGCAGUCGUCCAUCAUGGCGGUGCUGGAACAACAGCAUGUGGCCUUGCGAACGGCAAAGCCACCACAGUAGUACCAUUCUUUGGAGAUCAGCAAUUCUGGGGUAAUAUGAUAGCGGGAGCUGGCGCAGGGCCCUUGCCUAUUCCACAUGCCUCUCUAAAUGCCCAAAACCUGGCCGAAGCUAUUUUGUUCUGUCUAACUCCCGAAGCUACAAGAUCGGCACAUGAUAUUGCAUUCAAGAUGCAAUACGAAACCGGCGUGUCCGCAGCCGUCCACUCCUUUCAUCGCCAUUUACCAUCACACAGAAUGCGCUGCCCUUUGAUUCAAAGUCAACCGGCUGUAUGGAAAUACAAGAAGUCCGGGCACAGCCUUAAUCUCUCCAGGACAGCUGUCCAGAUUCUGAUAAACAAUGACAAAUUGGACGCGAAAAAUCUCCGAUGUCAUGACAUAAAUCCUAUCUAUAUCCAGAACCGUCGUUGGGACCCCAUAACCGGUGUUCUGUCCGCUUCUACCAGUACAGGAUCAAGUAUGCUGAAAGCAACCGGUGAGAUGAUUUACAAACCAUACCAGGAAUAUAGACGUGGUCGCACCCCACAGCCUGCCGGGGAGUCUUCCAGAGAUAGCCUGCCACUCCUCCCCAGUCCAGCGUCAACAGUGUCUGACUCCAGCAAUCGACUUGGCACAGCAGGGAACAUGGCCGGGGCGUCGCUGAAGGGAUUCGGCAAAGUUACCGGAGCAUACUUUAAAGGGGUGGUGGUAGAUAUUCCCCAUGCCGCGGCAGAGGGGUUCCGCCAAAUUCCCCGAUUGUAUGGGGAGGAGCCCAAGAAUUAUGGCACGGUCCGUGACUGGAAAUCUGGGGCCGCGAUGGGGGGUCGGAAUUUCGUGGAUGGCAUGACAGACGGCUUGGCAGGAUUCUUCACCAAGCCCAUUAAGGGAGCCAGGGAGGAGGGCGCGAUGGGGGCAGUCAAAGGAUUUGCGAAAGGGACUCUUGGAUUGGCAACUAAGCUUCCUUCCGCUGGAAUUGGCCUAGUGGCGUACCCUUUCCACGGAAUCACAAAUACUAUCGAAUCAGCUGUCAGAUCGAAGACUAGAAAGGCCGUUGUCAAUGCACGGCUCAGGGAAGGCUACCAGAUGACAAGGAGAAUACGAUUGACAGACGAAGAGGAACGUGAUUUAUUGCAGAGAUUUGAUGUUCUGAUGCAUCGCUUGGAUGUCUAA